UUAGUGAGGAGUGAAACAUAAGAUACUGCAUUAUUGAGGAGUGAAACAUUACAUACAGCGUUAACAAGGAGAGGAAUCACUCAGUGUCAAUAGUCAUUGAUAUAUCUGGCUCUUAGGUUUGAGCCAGAGGAGAGGAUGAGUGAGGUCCGGGAGCUGCAGUAUGUGGUGCUGACGUUGAAAGACCAUGACGACGUUACUCACUUUCUGGUCAACCAUUUCUAUCCUCGAGAUAAUAUAAUUAUAGGUUCGAGGUGCAGCCGGAAAACAGCUUUGAGUGUCGAUCAUAAGCACAUCCAGAUGUGCUUAACCUCGGGGCUGUCAACUGGUGCCAGGGAUAAAACCACCAAGAAUCUGGUGGCUGUUAUGCUGUCGUGUAACUACAAGUAUUGUUUUGAAGCUCCACAGAACCCUGAAGAUGAGGUUGGAAUUCUUAGAGUAAGACAUAAAAUACGGAAACUUAUGGACGAAGUCGUGGACACAAGGAAGGACCGCAUCGUCUUCUGUACUCGUAUUUGUGUCCAUCCUGACUAUGGUCAUCAAGGUGUUGCUACAAAGAUAAUGAAGCUAUGUCUGAAUCUUAGCACCAAGCAAGGCUUCACAUUAGCCUGUGGAGAUACCAGCAACCCUAACACUGAGAGGAUAUGUCUUCGACUGGGGUUCAAGAAUGUCAAAGCAGUGAAAGUCAACACCCUGGAGGAAGGCAUCUUCGACCUCUCCCCAAUCAACUACAAGAUAUUAAAAUUUUUUACUAAACGCCUGGAACCUGAGACAAUAUUAUCGUCCAAGUUAUAAUCAUGAAUCAGCCAAUACUAACUAACCAUAUAUUUUUUUCUCCUCUUUUAUUUAGGCCAUCUGUAGAAAUUAUUUCUGCGCUGCAUGACCCUUGUAGGUUUAGUGCUUCUUUUUGAUUGUAAUAAUAAUGAAGAAGUUAUAGAUGAUCGUUUAUCAUAAAAAUAUGAGGCCUCCACAUACCUGCAUGUCUUGCUCUUCAAUACUGAUUGUUACUCCUCGUUCAUGGCUGACAACUUAUGCUGACUUCUAAGAAAAAUCUUUUUUUCCAAGUUUUUUUCUUGCAAGUAAUACAAAGUUAUUUUAUUUAUCUGCAAGAACUUUUGUUUUGUACACUGAUCUUAUUUUAAUUCUUCAAAAGUGAAGAAUAACAUAUUGUGUUGCAUAACUCUGACAACGUUCAUUCAUUACAACAUUACACUGUGACAAGUAAUGGAAGUAACUGACAAUGUUCAUUCAUUACAACAUUACACUGUGACAAGUAAUGGAAGUGACUGACAAUGUUCAUUCAUUACAACAUUACACUGUGACAAGUAAUGGAAGUGAAUGGCAAUGUUCAUUCAUUACAACAUUACACUGUGACAAGUAAUGGAAGUGACUGACAAUGUUCAUUCAUUACAACAUUACACUGUGACAAGUAAUGGAAGUGACUGACAAUGUUCAUUCAUUACAACAUUACACUGUGACAAGUAAUGGAAGUGUCUGAUAACGUUCCUUCAUUACAACAUUACACUGUGACAAGUUAUGGAAGUGACUGAUAAUGUUCCUUCAUUACAACAUUACACUGUGACAAGUAAUGGAAGUGACUGACAAUGUUUCCUUCAUUACAACAUUACACUGUGACAAGUAAUGGAAGUGACUGACAAUGUUCCUUCAUUACAACAUUACACUGUGACAAGUAAUGGAAGUGACUGACAAUGUUCAUUCAUUACAACAUUACACUGUGACAAGUAAUGGAAGUGACUGACAAUGUUCAUUCAUUACAACAUUACACUGUGUUACAAAAAGCGCUAUUUCUAAUAAGCAUAGAGAUCUCUAGUGAAUACUGGAAAGGACUGCCCUUCUAGCAUCCAGCCUGUUACUGGGUUUUCGUAACAAGUAGUCAGUAUCCUUGUCCAAUUAUCCAUUAGUAUUCAAUAAGAUUCAAUAGUGCUUCAGGAUUACAACUGGUAGGAUACUAGCUAGAAAAAUUAAAAUUUAAUAAAUUUAUUAAUAAUGUCUAGAGGUAUAAGAUCAAAGUAAAUUAAAUUGAUCAAAAUCAAAAUAAUAACAAUCACUUCUCUCGUGUACAGUAUAUUGUGCUGAAGGCACACUUCACAUUUAC